GCGAGACCGACUAAGGACGAGGCCGACCGAGACCGGCCGAGGUAGCGCGAGCCGCGGUAGCAGCAGCCGUCGACGCGAGCACGGCCCAACCGUCACCGUCAUUUCGACGUCGUGGACACUUUCUUGCCGCCGGAUCGUCCACGCGGAAAUUCGUUCUCGUCGCGGACUAGCCUUGUUCUAUUUUAGCUUGUACCAGGCAUUGUACGCGUCUUCAGCCGAUCCUUCUUCCGGUAGAACGUGAGCCGCGCGCGAAAAGUGAUCCCCCAGUGGUGUGUUCGCCUUUUAACUGGAAAGGUAGCGAUACGAAGACUCCGGGUCGAACAGCCGAUCGAACACUCGAAGCGUUUCGCCAAACGCGUCACCUUCAGCCGCCACUCUCUCGUUACAUCCGCUGAUCCAUCGUCGUUCUGUCACCUCUAGUCGCUCAGAUUCCGCGCCAGAGAAGACAAACUCAGCGAAAACGAUAACCUACUAAAAUCAAGCCGAAAGGAAAAAGCUAGAAAGGAAAAUAAAACCGAGAAAAGAAAAGAAACUAGAAGUGAAGAGAAGAAAUAUAAGAGAAAAUAUAAGAGAAGAAGAGGGUGGUGCGUAGUGGAAGCAGAAGGGUUAGGUCGUGAGGGGUCCAAGAAGCGUAGCGUUUGGGUGUGAUGUGGCGGAGCCCCCCGGGGGGCCGCGGGGGCAGGAGGUUCGAGGCAGAUCGGUCGUGAGGGCCCCAGGCACGGCUCGGUUGCCCCGCGGCGAGGUCGCCGGAGGGGCGGAGGAGGAUAUAGGAUGGUGUGACCUCCUGCGUUAUCCCGCCCGACGCGGAGGUGGUGUUGGAGGUGGCGGUGGCGGUGGUGGAGGAGGCGGCGGUGGAGCCGAGCAGCUGCUGCUCGACUCGCAGGAGGAGGAGCCGACGGCGAUGUCGAGGCAGCUUCGCGGUGAACGGGACCACGUGAGCCGUUGCGACCUCCGAGAACGCGACCUCCGAGAACGCGACCUCCGCGACUUUCGGGACCUACGCGAUAUCAGGGACCCUCGGGAUCUUAGGGACUUUCGAGACAUCCGGGACAUUAGGGACGACAGGGACGACACGGAGAGGAGUCGGGACGAUUACCUGGAUUACGAUCAUCAUCCUACUGCUGCGUCUACCUCGGCACUCACUAACAAUCCGGAAAGGUCGAACGGGAGGGCCACGCUGCACGAGGGUCGCGAUGAACUACAAUUAGUGAAUCUGUGCGUACCUCCGAGAUCGGCGAUCGUCAGGGUCAUGUUGGUUGACAAACAACGAGAAAGAAAUACGAUCAAGGUAUGAUCACUGGGAAAUACG